UUAAAGUUAAUUGGAACUCGUUGGAAACGGAAUCACUUGCUACUUGGACCAAGGAGAUCUUGACUCUGGCUUUAAACUCCGGGAAGUCUCCGAACAUCCUAGCAUCCAAUAUAUCCAUCAAGGACCUUAAUUUUGGUAAGAUUGCUCCUGAUUUUGAAAUAUUGGAGAUUGGUGAAUUGGCCGGUGAUAGAUUCAGAGGGAUAUUCAAGAUUAAUUAUAGUGGUGACUUUCAUUUGACUUUACACACACAAGUGCAGGCCAAUCCGUUGAAUAUUUAUUAUUGUAACUCCAUGGAAAAAGAUGAGAAUUUCACAACUCCCAGCUUUUUACUUUCAAAUGAACAGUUUGCGUUGCCUUUGGACUUGAAAUUGUCGGAUAUUAAAAUCAGUGGGAUUGGGAUUAUUGUGUUUUCAAAGACUAAAGGGUUGACCUUGGUAUUUAGAAAUGAUCCAUUGGAUUCAAUAAAUGUCAAUUCUACAUUUGAUACUGUUCAGGUAUUGGCCAACUUUUUGCAAAAACAAAUUGAAAACCAAAUCAGAGAUUUAUUUAGAGAGACUUUGCCUACGCUUAUUCAUCAGUUCAGUUUGAAGUAUUUGAAUCUUGAAAAUAAUAUUAAUGAAAUAAGAUCUAAACUAGCAGCUGCUAGUGUUGCUGCUGGUUCAGCCAAUACUAUUAGUUCCACUUCCUCACUUAAAAUGUUGGACGAUGAAGAGGAUUUCACCCUUAUAUAUUCUAGCGAAAAUCUUUAUCAAAUUUCGCAGUUAUUCAAAUCCAGAGAAACCAUGAGUUUAAAUAUUCCAAAGUUUAGAAAUGUAAUCCAAAGAACACAUUUGAAUAAGUUUACCAAGAAUUAUCCAAACUUGUUGAAUUCAUUGUAUAUGAACAACCUCGAUUUAAAGAAGUAUGUGGUUCCUACCACCGCCAAGGGUAUCCCAAUUGAUAUUUUGACUGAGGAAAAGAAUUAUAACAAGGUUGAUGAGAUUAUCCACGAGAUUAGUUCCAUACAAGCUAAUAGUUUCUACAAAUAUACUAAAACUGAUGAACAUAAGCCUGUGAAGCCAAAGAGAAGAACAAUCAAGUUGGGAAAGAAGAAGAAGACGCAACAAAAGGAACAAGCUCGUGAACCAGUUACUCCUGUUGUUGCCCAAGAGGUUAAGUUUGAACCACCAAUGAUCAUGGAAAAUGUGUCUACUCCUACACUCAUCGAUGCCAUGUCAAUGUCAGUUUCCUCAUCAGUCAACUCGAUAAUCAAACCAAAAUCAACCACAUCUGAAGUAUCAUCAGGCAAAGUCAUUCUUCAACCAAAGCCAUUGCGGUCAAAUAAUGCAAGUUCGACCAAUCUUUAUCAAGACUUUAAAGCUACUACCAUCAGAGAGUCUAACGAAUGCUCUACUCCUAGACUUUAUGAAAAGGUGUUGAACAAUGGCGGUGUAGGAUUAGGUAAUGCCAUCUUCAAUUUCCCACCAAGAACCAUCAGCACAUCACCCAUAAAGACUCACGACAAGAAGUCAAUCAAUCAUAUUGAUAUAAACAAGAUUUCCAAGAGAAUUCAAGAAUUGACUAAUGAGAAGCAUAGCAGGCCUCCUAUGAAUUUACACGAGCUGUUUUAUGGUGGUAAUGCUGGGUUUAUGGAAUCGUUUGCUAGUGUUCCUCCUCCUCCUCCUUACUAUUAGAUGUUGUAUGUGAUUAUUGCGAGUUAUUAUUUAUUAUUUCGGUUUUAUAGGUUAUGGGUAUAGUUGUUCAUGUAUUUUAACUGUAUUUUAGAGAAGGAAUAAGUAGACCUGUAAGUUAGUGCAAGUACUUUUUGCAAAAGUUAGCGUUUAGUUUCACUUUUAUAGAGU